AUCCCUCAUUUUUCAAAAACAAUAAAAAAUACAUCCCGUUCUUUCUCUCUCCUCCAUAAUCAAAAAAUCAAAUCUCUCCCACCCUUUGCCUCUCUGAAACUCCACCCUCAAAAAGGCCUCUUCUCUCUCCACCACCACCACCAACAUCAUCAACUAUCAUCUCUCCAAGAAACCUCAAGAUUCCAUUUCCAUCUCUCUUAUCUUCAACUCAGUUUUAGAGAGAGAAAGUCACCAAAAAUACAAAACAAACCCUCCAUUGUUGAACAAAUAUAUUCUCCAUUGAAUCCAAAAAAACCCAUCAGAAAUUCCACAUUUUGAGCAAAACCCAGAUUCCAAACCUCAAUUUCAAGCAAAACCCACAAUUUUAUUUGUUGGACAAUUUUCUGGGAUAAAUAGUUGCAGGUGGGAAGAAAAAGGGGAGAAAUUAAUUUUGUUUCUUUAAAUUUUUGUUGUUGUUUUGGGGGGUGUUUGGGUGUUGAAUGAAGGAAAUGCCUCAUUUAGACAACACCCCAUCAACACCAGGAAAGUUCAAGAUGGAAAAACCAGCCUACAUUCAUCAUCACCAUCGUCUAAGAUGGCAUUCAACUCCUCUUGCUAAACUCACUUUUUGGUCCUGCAUUUUUCUUGGCCUUAUUUUCAUGUUCUUCCUCAGAUCAUCACCUUCUUCUUCUUCAUCUUCUACGACAUUUUCUUCAUCUACAGCAGGAAUCUCCGACACUACGCGCCGCUCCCUCCGAACAUUCUCCUGGGGUGGUCCGUUGUGGGAGAAACGGGUUCGGAACUCGGCCCGAGUUCGAGCUCCCAAUGGUUUUUCUGUCCUGGUCACUGGUGCUUCCGGCUUUGUUGGCACCCAUGUCUCAGCCGCCUUAAAGCGACGAGGGGACGGUGUUCUGGGGUUUGAUAAUUUCAAUGAUUACUAUGAUCCUUCAUUGAAAAGAGCCAGACAGGCACUUCUUGAGAGAAGUGGUGUUUUCAUUGUAGAGGGUGACAUUAAUGAUGAAGCACUUUUGAAGAAAUUGUUUGAGGUGGUGGCAUUUACACAUGUGAUGCAUUUGGCAGCACAAGCUGGGGUUAGGUAUGCAAUGCAAAACCCUGGUUCUUAUGUUCAUAGUAAUAUUGCUGGCUUUGUUAAUUUGCUAGAAAUUUGUAAAUCUGCAAACCCACAACCUGCAAUUGUUUGGGCAUCAUCUAGUUCUGUUUAUGGAUUGAAUACAAAAGUACCCUUUUCUGAAAAAGAUAGGACAGAUCAACCUGCUAGUUUGUAUGCUGCAACUAAGAAAGCUGGGGAAGAAAUUGCUCAUACUUAUAAUCAUAUCUAUGGACUUUCACUUACUGGGUUAAGAUUCUUUACUGUUUAUGGCCCUUGGGGUAGACCAGAUAUGGCUUAUUUUUUCUUUACUAAGGAUAUAUUGAAGGGGAAAUCCAUACCCAUCUUUGAGGCGGCGAAUCAUGGGACUGUUGCUAGGGAUUUCACCUACAUUGAUGAUAUUGUAAAAGGGUGUUUAGGAGCAUUGGAUACUGCUGAGAAGAGUACUGGUAGUGGGGGUAAGAAGAGGGGUCCUGCUCAAUUGAGAGUGUUCAAUUUGGGGAAUACCUCACCUGUUCCUGUUUCUGAUCUAGUUUCUAUAUUAGAGAGGCUGUUGAAGGUGAAGGCAAAAAGGAUGAUGAUGAAAUUGCCUAGGAAUGGAGAUGUUCAAUACACACAUGCUAACAUUAGCUAUGCUCAGAGGGAGCUUGGGUAUAAGCCUACCACGGAUCUGCAAACCGGGUUGAAGAAGUUCGUUAGAUGGUACCUCAAUUACUAUAAACCCGGAGGGAAGAAGAGUGAUGUGUGAAUUUCUGUGAUGCUUAAAUUAUUCAAAUGUUCCACACUUCCACGGUAGGAUUAUGCUAAAUUCUUGUUCAUUGAUUCUUAGUAUGAUUGUUUUUUCGAGGUUUGUCUACUCAUUGCUGCCCAAUUAUAUCCAAUUUGUGCAAUCUUAAUGGUGCCUUAUAAUGAGAGAAUACUUGCUUACGCCCUUGGUGGAGGAAGUUUUGGGUUUACAGAACAUCUUUAGGGCAUUAUAAGCUGUACAAGAACCAUCCUUUUUGCUUUUCCCAUUUUUACUCUCUUUCAAGAGAAUGUAAUUCGUUGUAGUUUCAGCAAAUGUAGAAUUCAUCAUUAAUAGAACUUAUGCCAAUUCUUGGACACAUAGUGUUGCGAUGCAAUUUCAAUAAAACAAGAACUUGGUGCCUUUUCA